CACCUCUUCAGACAAGUACAUAUCAGCUCAUGUCGGACCAGCCAACCCAACACGUAAUCAUCAACGACUAGAAAGAUCUCCAAAAGAGCCGUUAAGAAAAGAGAUCGAGGAAACGCCACGGCGGCCGGGCUCGGCGCAACUUACGGAUUCCCUUGACCGAGCUUCAUCGGCACAGUCCACGUUGUCCUUUUCCACACCACCUUUGAUUCUGCCCCUCGGUCAUCACCUUCAUCCCUCCCUCUCUCACUCACUCUCUCUCUUCCAGCGAUCUACGAGCAAUCAGGGUUCAAGCUACCCCUUUCAUACAUCCCGACCAGAAAGUAAGGAGAUAAUCGCAAGGAUGCAGGUGGAUACGUCGUUCACGGGAUUGAAUGUCCCUAAUCCGUCUCCUCGAAACUCGCCUCGUUCUUCCACUUUCCCUCUAGCCCCUCCACCUGUUCUCCCAAGAUUACGGAGUCGAACUUCUACUGUAUCCUUCAUGCCUGCCAUCGAUCACCCUUUCGAAGAUAUGCAAGUGACUUCUGUCCCUCUACCUCGACAAAACCCUUCGAACGGUGACUCCAUCUCAAGGUCUCUCGAAGAAAACCCGGCAGGACCAUCGAGACUCUCCUCAUCCAGCCCUGGUAGACCAAAAGGACGCAAAGCAAGUAAAUCCGUAUCUAGCGGACGACCAUCCAUGACGGUCCCGAAUAAACGCACAAAAACCAUUCAUCCCGAGCUGUCACUAAGGUUGACGUUACCGUCUGACAACUCCUCUGCAGGACAAGGAGUCAAGAGACGGACAUCUACACCACAUCUCGGUGUCAAAUUUCCCAUUGAUUCCGACGAAGAGGACGGAGAUGAUCAAUCAUUGGGUUUGAAGGAAGUUAAGAGUAGAGCUCGAUCCACUUCUACCAGCAUUGUGGUCCCUGAUCAACUCCCCCAUCCUACAAUCUCACCCGUGAGAACACUUUCGCCGAUAGCGACAGCGAUGACAUCUGUCCCUACCUGGACGGACAUCUACGUAACUCCUGCUUCUCCCGAUUCGGUCGAUCCUCGAAACCUCCCUCCUUCACUCUCUUCGGCGACUAGUAUGGAUACGUCCCCCUCCGUACUGAGCGGGGCCUACAAUAUCGGAGAGAAGACAGUCAUGAAGAUCGCCACCUUCUUCCGGCCACCGCAAUAUCGGGCCGUGCCCCAUCGCAGAGGCUCAGAUGGGGAUAUCGACUCAGAGAAAGGUCUCGAUGGAUCGGAAGAGGAUGGUACUGUCGAUUCCACAUUCUAUUUUUCAUUACCUCCCACGCCACCGGAAGAAAAGGAUGGUCGCAAUGACAUCGAUUUUGGCACGGCUUUGCGAACCGCCGGUGGAUUGUCAGAAGCCAGUUUGCCCACUCCAGCGUUAUCUGCCCGAAGUCUCUCGAGAGGAGAUAGUAAAAAGAGGAAGAUGCGGUGGUCUCGUGACAAAGUUGAGAAUGGAGAAGCGGGCUGGCUUCGUUCUGUCCUCGGAGCAUGGUUCACCAGAGGGACAAGCAGUGGCAAGACGGGAGAGGUUUUACGAGAGCUAGGUUGGACUGUGGGGAUCCUGGUUGGGAUGUUCUUUAUCACUGCAGCUCUGGCCUUAUGGAUGAUUCGGGGGAUGCCAAUAACCCAGCUGAAACACCUUCCAUCAUCCACGACGGACUUGCAACUCCUGUCCGCUGAGAUACGCGCCUACAUGACCUCCUCGGAUAUUGGAUAUUGGCACACUGUCGCUGUUUUGACCUUUGUCGGAUGUUGGAAACAUGCCUGGUCCGUCCCUGGCGCAGUGAUACUCAACAUUCUUGUCGGCUCCGUUCUCGAACCAUUCCCUGCUUUAUUCCUCCUCACCAUAAUCACCGCCUCUGGAUCUCUUGGUUCCUAUCUCCUGUCUCGACCUUUGGCACCCUUGAUCGCUGUCUUAUUCCCUAAACCACUCGCACUUGUCCGAGCCGCUCUCGCUCCUGAAUCCAUCCCUUCUCCUCCUUCUUCCGCUAUCGAGACCGACACUAUCACACCUAUCCAAGUAUCUUCCGACCCUUCCGUAUCACCCAUGGGUGGAGUUGAAGCCAAACCCAACGUCUGGCGUCGACUUUUGAUCAUGCGAGCCAUGGGUUUCGUACCUUGGUCAGGGAUGAAUGUCGCCUGCGGAGUAGUGGGAGUAGAUUGGAAAGUUUUCUGGCUUACUACGGCUGCGGGAUCAGCAAGUUGGUCUUACGUUACCGCUUCAGUCGGUAACAUCCUAUCCCGUCUCAACAUACCAACUUCAGGAACAGGAACAGAAUUCGAUGGACAAGGAGAAUCUUUAACAGCUCUACUACGUGAUCCUAUGCUCAUUGGUAAACUCGUCAUUCUCACUUGUCUCACAUUACUUCCUGUCGUACUCAAACGUCGUACAUCUUCACCUUCAACUAAAGAAUAUGAAAUGACAACAAACGAUACGAUCGAAUCACUCGGUACUCCUUCUCCUACCGGACAUAGACUUCGAGCGUUACGUUCUCUACGUUUAGCAGCUUUGGUGGAAUCACCAAGUUCACCUCCGAUGUCACCUCUCACUCAAAGUUUAGCUAGGUUCACACCGACUCCAAGAGCGUUCGAUCUGUUAUCAUUCGGAAGAGCAGCGGCGAGACAAGGAGGAAGGAUGGUUUUGACUGGGAUCAGAUCCACGGGGGAAAAGGCGAAAAGAAUGGCAGGAUCAAUAACGAGGAGUUGAUGGAUGAUACGAGUAUGGUUUUAUGUUGUUAUGUGGUGGGCUUAUCUGGUAUGAUAAAACGAGCAUAAUGAUUCUGCAUGGUUGGUUUCAGGAAUGAAUAUGUAUCACUUUAUCAAC